CCUGGCGCCGCCAGUAUGGCCGGGCCAUGGCGGCGAGCGCAGGCUACGUGCGUCUUUGGGCAGCGGCGCGGUGCUGGGCGCUGCGGCGGCCGCUCUUGGCCGCCGCCGGGGGGCGGCUCCCGACUACUGCCGGACCGUGGCUACCGAGAGGCCGGCGAGCCUGCGACGCCACACCUCCUUGGGUGCUUUUGGGCCGCGGACCGGCCACCGCAGGCCAGUGGCGAGGGCUUUGGGAGGCGAACAGCCGCGGCGGCGGGGCGUUCUCGGGAGGCGACGAUGCCCCCGAGGGCGGCGCGGAGGAAGGGUCCGGGGGCGUGGGGGGCGGCGCAGGUGGCGGGGAAGGCCCAGUCAUUACGGCGCUCACGCCCAUGACGAUCCCGGACGUGUUCCCACACUUGCCGCUUAUCGCCAUCAGCCGCAAUCCGGUGUUCCCGCGCUUUAUCAAGAUUGUCGAGGUUAAAAAUAAGAAGUUGGUUGAGCUGCUAAGAAGGAAAGUUCGACUUGCCCAGCCCUAUGUCGGCGUCUUUCUAAAGAGAGAUGACAACAAUGAGUCUGAUGUGGUCGAAAGCCUGGAUGAGAUCUACCACACGGGCACGUUUGCCCAGAUCCAUGAGAUGCAGGACCUUGGGGACAAGCUGCGCAUGAUCGUUACGGGACACAGAAGGAUCCAUAUCAGCCGACAGCUGGAGGUGGAGCCUGAGGAGGCCGAGCUGGAGAACAGACAGAAGCCCCGCAGAAAGACCAAGCGGAGCAAGAAGGAGGCGGAGGAAGAGCUGAGCGCCCGGCCCCCGAGGGAGGCAGGGCAGGAGCCCGCCAUGGAGGCCUCCGGGGAGGUGCUCAUGGUAGAGGUGGAGAAUGUGGUCCACGAAGACUUCCAGGUCACUGAAGAAGUGAAAGCCCUGACUGCAGAGAUUGUGAAGACCAUCCGGGACAUCAUCGCCUUGAACCCGCUGUACAGAGAGUCGGUGCUGCAGAUGAUGCAGGCGGGACAGCGGGUGGUGGACAACCCCAUCUACCUGAGUGACAUGGGCGCCGCGCUCACCGGGGCCGAGUCCCACGAGCUGCAGGACGUCCUGGAGGAGACCAACAUCCCCAAGCGGCUGUACAAGGCCCUGUCCCUCCUGAAGAAGGAAUUUGAACUCAGCAAGCUGCAGCAGCGCCUGGGCAGGGAGGUGGAGGAGAAGAUCAAGCAGACGCAUCGCAAGUACCUGCUGCAGGAGCAGCUGAAGAUCAUCAAGAAGGAGCUGGGCCUGGAGAAGGACGACAAGGACGCCAUCGAGGAGAAGUUCCGCGAGCGGCUGCGGGAGCUGGUGGUGCCCAAGCACGUGAUGGACGUGGUGGACGAGGAGCUCAGCAAGCUGGGGCUGCUGGACAACCACUCCUCCGAGUUCAAUGUCACCCGCAACUACCUGGACUGGCUCACGUCCAUCCCGUGGGGCCGGCACAGCGACGAGAACCUGGACCUGAGCCGAGCGCAGGCGGUGCUGGAGGAGGACCACUAUGGCAUGGAGGACGUGAAGAAGCGCAUCCUGGAGUUCAUCGCCGUCAGCCAGCUCCGCCGCUCCACCCAGGGCAAGAUCCUCUGCUUCUACGGCCCCCCUGGCGUGGGCAAGACCAGCAUUGCCCGCUCCAUCGCCCGUGCCCUCAACCGCGAGUACUUCCGCUUCAGUGUCGGGGGCAUGACUGACGUGGCCGAGAUCAAGGGGCACAGGCGGACCUACGUGGGUGCCAUGCCCGGGAAGAUUAUCCAGUGCCUGAAGAAGACUAAGACAGAGAACCCCUUGGUGCUGAUAGACGAGGUGGACAAGAUCGGGCGCGGUUACCAGGGGGACCCGUCGUCGGCGCUGCUGGAGCUGCUGGACCCUGAACAAAACGCCAACUUCCUGGACCACUACCUGGACGUGCCUGUGGACCUGUCCAAGGUGCUGUUCAUCUGCACGGCCAACGUCACCGACACCAUCCCCGAGCCACUGCGGGACCGCAUGGAGAUGAUCAAUGUGUCCGGCUACGUGGCCCAGGAAAAGCUGGCCAUCGCGGAGCGCUACCUGGUGCCGCAGGCGCGGGCUCUGUGCGGCCUGGACGAGAGCAGGGCGCGGCUGUCAGCAGCCGUGCUGACGCUGCUCAUCAAGCAGUACUGCCGCGAGAGCGGGGUGCGCAACCUGCAGAAGCAGGUGGAGAAGGUGCUGCGCAAGGUGGCCUACAAGAUUGUGAGUGGCGAGGCGGAGUCGGUGGAGGUGACGCCUGAAAACCUGCAGGACUUCGUGGGCAAGCCGGUGUUCACGGUGGAACGCAUGUACGAUGCCACGCCGCCCGGUGUGGUCAUGGGCCUCGCCUGGACCGCCAUGGGAGGCUCCACGUUGUUUAUCGAGACGUCCCUGAGACGGCCACGUGACGGGGACAGCAGGGAGAACAAGGACGGCUCGCUGGAGGUGACGGGCCAGCUGGGGGAGGUGAUGAAGGAGAGCGCGCGCAUCGCCUACACCUUUGCCAGGGCCUUCCUGAUGCAGCGCGACCCCAGCAACGACUACCUGGUGACCUCGCACAUCCACCUGCACGUGCCCGAGGGCGCCACCCCUAAGGAUGGGCCCAGUGCCGGCUGCACCAUCGUCACGGCCCUGCUGUCCCUGGCCCUGAACCAGCCCGUGCGGCAGGACUUGGCCAUGACAGGUGAAGUGUCCCUCACAGGCAAGAUCCUGCCCGUGGGCGGCAUCAAGGAGAAGAUGAUCGCGGCCAAGCGCGCUGGUGUGACCUGCAUCGUCCUCCCUGAGGAGAACAAGAAGGACUUCUACGACCUGGCCGAUUUCAUCACGGAGGGCCUGGAGGUGCACUUCGUGGAGCACUACACCCAGGUCUUCGACAUCGCCUUCCCCGUGCCCGAGCCCCACGCGGAGGCCCUGGCCAUCGAGCGGUGAUGCCCUGGGCACCAGGAGCCAGAAGGAAACCACGCGGGGGAGGGUGCGGGCCGGCGGUGGGGACCCGGACCGGACUGCGGCUGAAUCGUGGGGCUGUCUAAUCAUGAGUAAAGCAUUUUCAGUAC